UCGACGACGAGACAGCACCGCGAUCGAGCGCAUCAAAAGCAAGUCGUAGAGGCGGCUGAGAUGGUAUUGCUGGCCGCCGCAUGGCUUGCGCUGGCGUCUCGACUGCUGGCGGAGUUGGGGCCUCUCGAGCUGACCGUGGAAGUGCUGCCCAGCUUACGAGUUGUAUCCCACAGUGCGAAGCUUGGUCUGGGCUUCCCAUUCGAGUUCAUUAUUGCGACGAGCGAGGACAUGGAGCACAUGAAGAGUGUCUGCCAGAAUCACGCGUCGACUGCAGGGACACCACCAAAAUCGGCAGGUCACCCGUCUUCAAGUAUAUAUGGAGAACCGUGGCCACCACAUGAGAUAUCGCACCGCGGUGCGCGGGCGAAAACACUAGUCAACAACCGGAAGGCAACCAAUGCUUCCGCAACCCGGAAUACUGGCAGCUAAACCAUGGAGCAAUACCGGAACAAGUACGGAUUUGUCUUCAAGCUCAACGCGGACUCCUGCCAAACAAUAUGCCAUCUUGAAGGAGGAUCCUGAGUAGGCCAAAAAGACAACGCGAAAUCUCAGCUAAGAAUACCACUGCGUUCUCUAGUGUAUCCUGUACAGCAACAAAAGAGUCUACCACCGGACCUUUACGCAAGAAAAACUCUGUGAAGGACAUAGGCUGGCUUAUUCCGGCCAGCAAUGCAGACAUUUACUGACAGAAAUAUCACAUGAGAAAAUUUGACGGAGUUUGUUACUGAAAAUGACGAGCUAGACAACACGUUACACGGAAGAAGGAGGGAUGUAUAGUGCAGAGGAGGUGUUAGAGUAAUGCCACUACACAAUACUAUACAAUAUUUUACAAACAAAUUUGUUAAACUCGCGAGCAAAUCAAGAAUGAUGGUGGGGUUCUGGAUGUCAGCCAACGCCCAUUUCCCUUUUCGCUACAGUUGCUCUUCUGGUGGUUCCUGCGCUUAAUAAAAUAUGUUGAAACUUAUUGAAACACGUAGCGAUCACAGUAUUUAACCCAAAGCACCUGUGUACAUAAUAACGCAGCACCUGUGAAUCCUACGCACGUUUAGAAAACUGGCUGAUUCGCGUUUCAUAGUGUCCCUGAUUAUGUUCCCGCACGCUCAGGCAGUGAAUACAGGAACGAUGGCGUUUCACAGUGCUCAGCGCUAUUUGUGUGUCUAUGGCAGAUUUUCGCCAUAAGGAAAUAAAGGUGAAG